ACAGAAACCAUCAGUCUGCUUCCAAAAAGGAAUAGGGGCUCCCCAAAGUACAAACUAUGUUUUUAAAGUUGGUAAAAUAGAAAAAGGAAAGCCCUGGAGCGCUAGAAUUAUCCCCUAGAUCCGCUGAAAUGUGCUAAACGGCAUUUAAAAAUUAGCGAGGCCAAAUUUUGUCAGAGGAAAACUUUGUACUGACCUUUGAAGUAUUGGAGGGCUGUGCCAGAUGAUGGGCAGGAGAGAUUCCCAGGUUGGGGAGGUGGUGGGUGUCUUGGGAGCAGGGGUUUUCUACAUCUUUCCCAGUGGUUGGGGUGGCAGUACUCAGUCACUCCCUCGCUAGUAGCCGGUGUGUGUGAAUAUAAUAUAUAUAUAUUCCCAACAUGUGGCUGUGAGGAGGGAGGGUGCCUGUUGGGAUUACAGGAGCAUCAGAGUCAAGCAUGUCUGCCUCUGGUUUGAGAGGAGAGCAGUCUUAGCAGAAUGCCAAGGCCUUGAGCUCUCCUGAAGAGUUCCUUGCCUUUCCUUGGGGGAAGGGGUUUAAAGUGCCCCUGUGGCCACGAGACUCCUUUUAAUGACUUUGAGUUUGGGGGCAGAGUGACACUUUGGGAGGCUACAAGUGGUUCAUUAUUACUGAGGCAGAGAGUAGACUGUGUUGAUGGGUAGGAGAUAAGGCCAGAGCAGAAGCCUGGGGCCUGUAGUGAGGGCCUUUGACAUCAGGCUAAAGGAUUCAAGCUCUUAAUGGAUCCUGGAUCCUGGAUCCCUGCUCAUCUCCUCACACCCACCCCAGUGCUGGAGUUUGAUUCUGCUUUGUCCUAGGCUCCACCCCCCUCCUUCCUGUGUUUCGCUGGGCUCAUACCACUUCUGGCGCUUUUUAGCUCCCAUUCUCCCCUUGCUCGACACCUGCCCAUAUUGUGACUGGCAAGUAUUCCGAAACGUUUACUUAACUCCACCCUAAUUAAACUCAUCAGGGAAGAUUUACUCAUCACAAGCCUGCCACAAGCUGAGGCUCUUUAUCUAGCCCUGUCUUUCUAAAGGAGAGAAGCUGCCAUUUUUUGGCUGUGGCUUACCUGGGUGGCGGGUGCCCUGGGAGCUUGAGGCUCAGUAAUCAUAGAACUCUAACCUCUCUGGUUGCCAACUCUUUCUGCUGCACAAGAGUUCCUAUGAGUUCAGCAGAGCCCAGGGAAAUAACUGAGGUGCUGUCUGCAGCUACCUUGGCUGUGCAAAUAGGUGGUUCUAACAGGAACUGGGUAGAGUAACAGACUUCCUAGUUCAGAAUUUGAUCACUUUUGAAAGUAAACAUAGUGAACUCCUGCCAGCUAUCACCCUCCAUGGGACUGUCUGAUUGAAACAAUUUGACCUUGCUUUCAAAUGUUGGUUAAAUUAUCCCCUUUCUGUUCCUCAAGUACAUAUGCCUCCCCACCCACCGACCGUUUUCUAGAAAGAUCCUAAAUCCUGACAGAGCUUUAUGGAGCCCAGUCCUUGCAGGCUCCCUGAACUUGAAGCCGCCAGACCCCACAUGGAAGCAAGGGCCUCAUGUCCAGCUGCUGCACCCUUGGUGGAGAGACAGUUCCAUGUUCUUGUGGGUGUCACUGGGAGUGUUGCAGCUCUGAAGUUGCCUCUUCUGGUGUCAAGGCUUUUGGACAUUCCUGGCCUGGAAGUAGCAGUAGUGACAACUGAGAGAGCCAAACAUUUCUACACUCCCCAGGAUGUUCCUGUCACCCUCUACAGCGAUGCUGAUGAAUGGGAGAUGUGGAAACGCCGAUCUGAUCCAGUUCUCCACAUUGACCUGCGGAAGUGGGCAGAUCUGAUGCUGGUGGCCCCUCUUGAUGCCAAUACUCUGGGGAAGGUGGCUAGUGGCAUCUGUGACAACUUGCUUACCUGUGUCAUCCGGGCCUGGGACCGCAGCAAGCCUCUGCUCUUCUGCCCAGCGAUGAACACCGCCAUGUGGGAGCACCCCAUCACUGCUCAGCAGGUGGGCCAGCUCAAGGCCUUCGGCUAUGUUGAGAUUCCCUGUGUGGCCAAGAAGCUGGUGUGUGGAGACCAAGGUCUGGGGGCCAUGGCUGAGGUGGGCACCAUUGUGGACAAAGUGAAAGAGAUUCUCUCCCUGCACGGUGGCUUCCAGCAGAGUUGAACCCAGGAUUUCUGUCGUGUGUGUCCCUCUGCACUCAGCGUGUUUUCAGGCCAAGUUGGUGAAGAAGAUGGAUGUUGGCAAAAUAUGAUGAAGAGUCCUGCAUUUGCUGAGUAGGGGUCCAGCCUGGGCCUGCUCUGGAGCCUCCCGAGGGGUCUGACUUGCCCCAGGUUAAACUAGACCAAAGGCCCAGGUCUCAAUUCCUUCCCACUUAGAAGACACUCACUUUCUGGAGCCCCUCCCCACCUUGUCCUGGGAUGGGCAUAGCAAGCAAGAGGAGCAAGCUGCUGUAUUGUCCCUGUGCUCUGGGAGAGGGACCGAGGAGUGACUGAAAAACCUUGAUUCUACAUUGUGCCCAAGAGCUGCUUUUAGAAACAGCCAAAGCUGGAGAUCCCCAGCAUGGUGGGCCCCUGGCCAGGCCUUUGGAGCUUCAGCUCCUUGGUAGGGUGCCCAAGUACCAUGCAGAGUCAGGGAAGCCUGUGAGUUGGCAAGUCCCUGAGAUUCCCCAGAGACCAUGCUGUGAGAUCAGGGGUACUGGAGAAUAAAGUGACCAUUUAGGAGACUCUGUCCUUCUUUAUAGCCCCUCUGUGGUCUCAGAGAUUGGAGGCAUUGCUAGGUAUGGCUGGGGAAGGGUCUGGGCUGAUGACUGACUGGCACUCCUUAGUCCCCAUGUCAUGUGGUGGUUAAGGCCAAAGGACUCUGAAGCCAGACAGCCCCUAGUUCAAGUCCCAGCUCUGCCACAUACUAGCAGUGAGACCUUGGCUCAGAGCUCAGCCUUUCAGACCCUCACUUUCCUCAUAUGUGUUAUCAUCCAACUCUCAUGGAGUGUUGAAAGGAUUAACACCCCACUGAGUGCCUCGAUGUCAAAUAAACAGAAGUUAAAGCUAGAUAUGUAUACAUACCAGUGAGCUUUCUCAACAUUUACUGAAAUAGACUGUCUCAUUUUAGGAAAAAUAAAAUCCUGACCCUAGUUGAUGUGGCCUUUAUGCAAGUGAUAGGUGCCCAGCCAGCAAGGUUGGAAUCUGCCCUAGAACCCAGGCCCCUUGCUUCCUGGUGUUGUCCUCAGCAGCUUUGCUGUGCCUGAGAUGGGGCCUGGGUGUCUGUCUCUCCCCUCCCCCCAUGUGAACUGGGGAAGUAGAUUCCAGAGAGACACGUGCUCUGCCCUAGAAACCCUCCACUGCCCUGCCUUUGACCCAGUUGCUGUUUGGUGGCUGCGGUGGGGAGGGGCUUCUUUGCUUGUUUGGUGCUGAGGUUGAAGCUGGCUUCCUGCCCUCCUGCCUUCUGGGCCAGGGGUGAGUGGGCACCCCAUGCAUACCUGUGGACCACUGAGGGUAGAGGUGCCUUUGAGGGGCACCAGGAAGCCUGCUUGCUGGAACCUAGGUCUCCAGCAGCCUCCAAGAGCCUUUAUCUCUACAGCACUUGACUUAAUCAAAUGAUCCUUUGGGAUAAAAAGCCUUAGGUCACUAAAGAAAAUAUAACUAAAAUAGUAGCAUCAAGAACCAACCUCUUUGGCUGGUUGGGGGUCAGGCAUGGGGAGGGCCUGGUAGCUGAAAUCCAGAGACAAUCCCAAAGUUCCAUUUAAAUGGUUUCCAGCUUCCCUCCUCGUGUCCACAUCACCCUUCCUCUCAGCAAACUGCUAGUGAAUGGUGAGGCUUUCCAGUGUUCACAGAAAGUGCUACCAUUUACUGAGUGUUUAUCGUGUGCAAGGCUCUGUGCUGGGCACCUUAGGGAAGACAGUUGCUCGGGAGACCUGCUACAAAAUACCUAGUUUAAAAGGCCACAGAGGCAGAGAAGUUCACAGGCCUCUGCCUGGUACCUCUGCAAAUGGCUGUGGCCGGACUGAGCCUUGCUGGCUGGAAAGAAAGAGAUGUCCCCGAAGACGAGGGUCAGCUGGAGGCCCCAUCCCUAGGGGUCUGCCAUUCCAGUCCUGCAUCCCUGUUGCCCAUUUUGAAUGGGGGUCUGGAUGAAUUGUCUGGGGCUGAAGAGCCCAAUUGUUCCCUGAGCCAGGCUGGAGCUAAGAGGAGAAGGCAGUUAGUGUCUGAGCAGCAUUUACCUGGCCCCAUCUGCCAGAGAGGCGCUGAGGUGGGAGUGAUAACCAUGGCCUUCCCCACCACGAGUCAGAGCUCUUAAAGUUGUCAUCUUGGGUAGGAGUGUUUCUCAGAGGAGAUGCUAGCUUCUCUGAUGAUUUUUAUAGAAUUCUGGAAUUUUGACAGAAUAGAACAUUUGGGUCUGAAAUCCGCACUCUUGUUUAGCACCCUGGAGCCUCUUUAGGCUGUUGUGGCUGCUGCUGGGCUAGAGGCAGAAGUCUUCGAGCCCCAGCCCAGCCUCCACACUGGGCUGUCUCCAGCUCUUCCUCCACGCUGCUCAUGUGUCCCUCUGCUGCCUCCUCACUGCCUCAGGGUAAGGCCCUGGCUCCUGGGCAGUACACACUUGGCAUUUGUGAUCUGUCCCUGCCUACCUUUGUAACUCCACCUCUAACCACACACCAACCCUGCAGGGCUCCCUGUCCUCUUGCCCGACUGGACAACCUUGACUGAGCCCUGUUGCUUCUCGCUUCUUGCCUUUGCACAUGCUGCCACUUUUACGGGAAGGACGUUCUUCACCUGGCUGACUCCUACUCAUGCCUCUGAUGUACCUGGGGCCACCUCCUUUGGAAAGCCUUCCCUGGCCAACCCAGGCUGGAUUAGGUAGUCCUUGCCCAGGUUCCCAUUGUGCCUCCUCUUAUUUAUUAUAACACAGAAUUGUAACCAUCAGUUUACUUUGUGUCCCCCUAAAAUUGGGAUCUCCUGGGGGGCAGGAGUUAUCCUGUUCCUCACAAAACCUAGCAAGUCAUUCCAAGCUCCUUGUACUGACAAAAUUUUUAAAAAGUGUGUAUGGGGGGGCAGUCCUGCUCAUUUCUGAGCAAGACACAACCUGGGAGCCAUAAGAGCAAAGACUGAUCAAUUUGGCUACAGAAAAAUAAGCAAUUCCACCUAGCAAUAGCCCAAAGGCAAGGCCAAAAGACAAACAACAAAUGGGAAAUUAUCUGCAGCUGGUACAACAAAGAGCUGAUUCCUCUCAUAUAUAAAGAGCUCCUAUACAUCGAUUAGAAAAAAACUAAGAACACAAAAAAAUGAGCAGAGAAUAAAAACAGUCCACACACACACACACAUACGCAAAUGUUGUUGAAACAUAAAAAGCUACUAAGCCACAUUCAUGAGGAGAGCAGUGCAAAUCAAACUACACUGAAAUGAAAGUUUUCACCUAGGAGAUUGGCGAGGUGUGGGGAACUGCACCCUCAUACAUUGCUGGUGGGAGUGCAAAUGGAUACAACUUCUUUGGAGAACAAUCUAGAAAUGUCUUUCAAAAUUACAUAUGCACCCUACCCCUUGACCCAGCAAUUCUGCUUGUAGGGUUUGUCCCACAAAUACACUCAUGUAUGUGACAUGUCUGAACAAGGCUAUUCGUUGCGGCAUUGUAUAUGGUAG